CUUAGUCCGAAAUCGAUUUCAGAAAAACACACCAGUAUGCAUAUGCACAAGCUAAACUCAAACCGAUGAACCUGUUUUUGAAACUGCGGAGUGAUGUUGGCAAGGGAGGUUCAUCGGAUCUCUUUUACCUCCGUGAACGUGCACCUGUUGAUAAGUUCCUUCUCGUUAUUCCGUCCAUACGUCCCGCGCUUGGAAAUGGCUGUCCUGACACUCCACAACAUAUAAAUUGGCUCAACAUAUCAGUAAAGUCCUCAUCUCAUUGCCAUGUCUACCAGAUGCUUCUUACCCCACUGUCCAUGCGGAUCUACGAGCCCGCAGAACUCUGACAUAAUAGACGUCGAACCCUGCGCUGCCAUUAAUGCGCACGACCCAGAUGCUGAGGUAGUCGUUUAUCGCUGCUCCUGGGACACCCAACAUUCUCCCUGCGGAAUGUUCAUCGAGGGUGCUCCCCGAGACAUUCUCUCCCAUUUUCGGGAACGCCACGGUAUCGCCAUGUACGCUGCCGACGCAGAUGUUCAAUGUCGGUGGAGUCCAUGCUCUAUGGACAGACAUCUGAAAAUGAAUAGUAUAGCGAGGCACAUCGCGUGGCAUCUGGGCAUCCAAUUCAGAUGCUCGCGAUGUGGACUCACGGCUCGUGACGACGUCGUUCGCGACCAUAUCAGAAGGAACCCUGGCUGCGCUGACGCUGUGGUACAGCUGGUUCCCGGCUCAGGAGCCCGGCGGAUAGUCUCAGCUUGAUCUUUUUGCAAUGGGCGCAAUGA